AUGAUCAUGAAGCCGAUUAUCUUCAUUUACAUCUUUACUUUAUUUUUCGUUAAUAGCUAUGCUAUAAUUUCUAUAAUUCCUAAAAAAUGUAUGGAAAUUGCCAACGAGGUAGAAACAUAUGCUCCUCAAGUAUACAGUUGGAUGAUCCAAGAUUUUUGUAUCCAAUGUGGAAAACCUAUUCCUUAUUCUAAAGCAGAACCAUACAUAAAUAAAGCCUCAAAAGAGAUUGCUGAUAAGAUUAUUCCAUAUGUUAGAAGUAAAGUUCCCAAAACACCAAAAGGUAUGACGCCAGAAUGGAUAGCAUCUGUUUUAUCAGCUAGCUGUGAAGCAUUUUCCAAUCAUGAAGAUAUUUGUAAAUUUGAUUGGAAGAUUUCAGAACACCAAAAUAUAAUAGCUAAGGCUAAGCAAAUAGCUAGCAAAAAAGCAAUGCCUAAAGUAUUGGGAAUGUUACCUAUGGCUGGUGAAUGUAAGAAAGGUAUUGGUAUUGCCACACAUAUAAUGAAUGAUGUACCGCUCGGAAAAUCUAAAGAAGAAUCACCAAUCAAUAUAAGAACCUUAAUUCAAGAAUACUCUCAACAAUUAUGUAAAAGUUUAUAA